CACUUGGGCGAGGGGAGGGUGGCGAGGAAGGGUGCGGUGCGGGCACGCCAACCCCAGCCAUCCAGCCGCCUCAGUUUCUGGCCCGCGCUCCAGACGUUCAGUGGGUUGUGCCUGCUUGUGGUGGAGUCGACGGUGGCUUGCAGCCGGCUUGGCGAAGAAGGACGCGGCUCAACGUUGGACCUAGGCUUUUCUUGGCCGUUCUGAACCUCUCGCAUGCGAAAUCCCGAUUCAUAGUCAGUCUCUUUUGGCUCGAGACGUCUUCAGUUCGACCGCAGCGCCUCUGCAGGUAUACCGCGUGGCGUUGUCCACUGCUGAAGUGAUCUCGUGAAGCCUGACAGUGCGGACUCACCUCGAGCUUUCGAACAAACCACGAAGACAUGGCGGCACCUUCCGGGAACCUGAUCCUGGUGGUGCUCUUCUCUGUCACUUGUGGACUUGCUGCCGGACAGCAGGGUGGCCGGAAUGCAGCUGCACCGUUCGUCAUCAAUGGGGGCAGCAACGGGGCACCCCAGGGAUCGUCGGGUGGCGGUGGCGCAGUGGGCCUGGAGCACCUUCAGGUGGCGCCGGACCUGAAGCAGGCGCUAUCACUGCGCGUGCCCACGGACUUCGUGCGUGACCACCUGGGAGACUACCACUUCCAAAACCCCAACAUACUCCUUAAGGCGCUGCUGCACCCGACGUUCAAGACGCGCGACCGCAAGGACCGCCACGACUCCUUCGAGCCACUCGACUACAUCGGAUCGUUCGUCAUGGACUACAUCGUGUCCAGGUACGUGCUGAUGAAUGCUCGCAACAAGUCCCAGCAUCACAUGGCUCAGGUGAAGGCGUCGGUGCUGCGUCAAGAUUCGCUCGCCUAUUUCGCCGUGAAGAACAACUUCCACAAGUUCGUCUUCGUCGACCGGCCCGUCGAGAAGGCUUCGCUGAGGGAGUUUGCUGACGGCCUCCGCAGUGUUCAGGCCUUGUCUGAACUAAAGUACGCCAAAAAGAAACGCAGCUUCGUCUACAAGUUCUUCAAGUCUGUGUUUGGCGCCAUCUUCGUCGACAGCGGCUACAACGUCCAGGUGGUCGAGCCGAUACUUCUCAAGAUGAUAAAGCGGGAUAUUGACCUCCUUCUGUAGUUCAACUACCUUCGCGAGUGAUUUUUUGAGCUCCGGAUAGCUCGCUGGAACUCUUCACAUGCUUGGAAUCAUUUUUUUUUACUUAUGUGGUCAAGCCUGGACACAUUGUACACUGUUGAACUGUUAUGAAGACCCCAUGUGCAUAAAACACAAUACUCCAUGAUAUCAACCACUUAAGAGCAUGGUUCCGUGUAGUUCGCUCAUAUUUAAGCGCAAAUUCUUUACCACCGAAACCACAAACCAUAUCAAAUGAUGUUGGAAGGAACUGAGGAGAGCAAGAAAGCACUGUGUUAUUGCGUACCGCUUUCGGUCCUGUUGCAAUAAGUUACAGAAACGGUGAUGUUGAUUUAUUCGGCCCAACAUAUCCAAAUGCGCUUGACCCCGAGGCAGAUAACGCUGCAAUAAAGUGACUCCACCAUGGAACUGGAUACAAAAUAUCGAGCUCCAUCAAAACUAUAUGAGAUGAAAGGUUUGUGUCCUAAAGUUCUAGGAGCAGAGGUUUGACUAGCAAUAUAUUAUUUCCCCAGGCUGACACACGUGUAUUGUUUACUUUUUUGAGAAUACUCACAGAGCGACUUCAAAGGAGGUCAUUUAGGCAGGGUCAUACAAGAUGCUGGUUAUGCUGACGACGCACUCGUUUCAGCUCCCCCUGCCACUGCCCAAUACGGUUGCAAAUGAAAGGGAAAGAGUGAUGGCAGGGCGCAGCGCAAGUUGUUCAUGCCGUACGAACGGCACGGAUAGAAUAUCAGAGAAAAUGCGGCUGCGGCAACUGGUCAUCAGCUCAUCCCCACUUUGGAGAAACUUGGCAGGCACUGCAAAAAAAUGUUCGGAGGGGGAGGGAUAUAAGGCACGCAGUGAUGUUAACCAGUCCGGAGUCUGGUUGGUUGCCCUACGCCGGGGGAAAGAAUAGGGGGAAGAGAGAGGAGGAGGAGAGAGGGGGAGAGCGUAUGGAGACGUGCACAGACAGUCACUGAGUCAAAGCAGCUCGGAACUCAAAUGCUCGAAACCGCCGGUUGCAGGAUGGUAGAGGACGUGAAAAUAAGCAACCGUCCAUCCCAUCACGCUGUUUAACCUUAUUGCAGAAAUUGGGGAAGAUACUGUGCAUUCCGUGAUGGAUUCUCGCGAAUGCAAGGUGGCGUGCGGCUCUCUUGGCUGACCAGACCCGUCGAGCUGCAGGCGCCUCGACGGCAUGAGCGCUCCGCUCCCGCAUAAACGAGGAGGGGAGGGGAGGGGCGACGUUUUUAUCUCCUGUUUGCAUCCUGCAAGUGAUGUCUUGUUUCCGUAAUAAAUUGGUUCUGCCACGUG